AUGUCUCGCCUUGAGAACCGUAUGCGUGAAGCAGGUCUCCGACAAGGGUCAUUGUCCAUAUACGAACCACACAGUCCGUCCAAUCCAUCACGACCCACAAUAUCACGUCCUUCUACCGACACAGCCUCAGGGUCUGACAUGGCGCACUUCCGGACCCUUGCCGACGAGCAGCGGCGCCAGCUCGAGCAGCAAGACAACACCAUCGAAAGGCUCAAGGCUUACAAAACCGCUUCCGACAUCGAAGCCGUGAGCCUCCAACAUGAGCUUUCGACCUCAAGGCAGCAACUCGCCAGUCUACGUGCUCAGCAGUCUCUGGCACCGCAACGCACGAUCUCGUUCUCGACGGCUCACGAGGAUGAGGCGUCGAAGAGACGACUUCAGCUGAAGCUUGCCAAGGAGGAAAUUACAGAGCUGCAGAGCAAGCUUGAUGCAGCACAUCAACGCAUGCAAGACGCGCAGGACUACUACACCCAGGAGGCCAAGAAGUCGAGGGACCAAGCCGAGCAGUUGCAAGCUCGUCUAGCAAUUUCUACCCACCCCGUCUCCGCCCAUCCGCAAGCAGCAACAGCUCCUCCAGCUUCUGCUCUCCUCAAGAAGGCUCAAGAUGAGGCACAGGCGGCUAACGAGCGCUCUGCAGGCUUGAGCAGGCAGCUCGCAGCCGCCAACAUGGAGCUCUCUAGGUUGCAGGGUCAUUCAAAUGGUAGAAAAGCGGAUCUGGGCUACGAAGACCGAGAUGAUGAUGAGGUCGACGCUGCUGGUCGCUCGCUUUUCACUCAAGCUCCACCGCCCAAGUCGACCUGUUUGCCUUUCGGCAUGGCGCCAUCAUUACGAGGCAGCCAGAACGUACUCAACUCCAAGGAUUCAAGUGCGAUGCCCACCCAGCGUGCCAUUCUGUCCUUUCGGCCUGCACCAAAGCCAAGCAAAACGACUCCUGUUAAGACAGCGGCUUUUCGAAACCUGCCACCAACGAAGAAGCGGAAGCGAACACUAUACAAUGAGGUCGAUGACUAUGACUCGGAUGAAGUCGAGUUGAGCAACUUUGGAAGCCCGGAGCCCGAGCGAGAGCAAGGAGAAAACGGCAAUUCGGUAGUGGUGGAACGUAUCGACCAGAACGAGCUUGACGAUCUCCAACUCAGCGAUUUCGAAGACCCGACGUCAAAAAGAAAGCACAGCGACAGCAGCAUGGACGAAGGUGCAUACCAUUUCAAGUUCGACAUAGUGACGGAAUACGACGUCAACGGCAUUCCAGGAGGCUUCGCUCACAAGGACCUGAAGGGCACCUGCGCCGAGCUCUGGGAUAAGAUUGAGGAUGUCAAGAAUAUCUGGGAGAAGCUGAAGGGGUUGUAUUGGCAGUGGGAGUUCAAGAAGAAGUCUGGGAGGAAGAGUGCGACGCCGUGCGUCACGAGAAAGAUGCAGGGCAAGGGCGCGAGGUGGCGCUUCGGGUGUGAGGGGAAGUAUGCAUGCAAGGAUUGCGUUGAGAAGAGGUAUCCGUGCUUCACGUGGGAUGGUGAGGACUUUCUUCUGCUACCCCUGCAUGAUGACGACCGAGUCAGGAAAGUGGUCGAAGGAUUCGAGAUUAGGUGGUGGUUAAAUUUGUGA